UGAGCUGCGGUUGGACAGGAAGCCAGGUGUAGCGGCGUGUGGACGAUCCGCAGUCCUGCCAUCUGCAAAUAUAAAGACAGCUCUGGCAGGCCGGCCGGGAACUGAGCAGUAAGGAAGCAGCAGAGACACUGAAACUCUUCACAAGAAUUGACUUCAGACGCAGGAUGCCGGGAUCAGCCUCCAGUAGCUGCUUGGGACCGUGGCCCAAAGAUGUGGGGGUCAUUGCCAUGGAACUUUACUUCCCAUCCCAGUAUGUAGAUCAGGCUGAGCUCGAGCAGUUUGAUGGUGUGGCAGCUGGGAAGUACACUUUAGGACUGGGACAAGCUCGGAUGGGUUUCUGCUCAGACCGUGAGGACAUCAACUCUCUGUGCCUGACUGUAGUCCAGAGGCUGAUGGAAAGGAAUGGCCUGUCCUAUGACUGCAUUGGCCGUCUGGAGGUUGGCACGGAGACCAUCAUCGACAAGUCAAAAUCCGUCAAGACGGUCCUCAUGCAGCUGUUUGAGGACUCUGGCAAUACAGAUGUGGAGGGGAUUGACACCACAAACGCUUGUUAUGGUGGUACAGCUGCACUCUUCAAUGCUGUGAACUGGGUGGAAUCCAGUUCAUGGGAUGGACGUUAUGCUCUGGUUGUUGCAGGGGACAUCGCUGUCUAUGCCACUGGAAGUGCUCGGCCUACAGGGGGCGCUGGGGCAGUGGCCAUGCUCAUUGGGCACAAUGCACCUUUAGCCUUUGAAAGAGGUCUACGGGGAACACACAUGCAGCAUGCGUAUGACUUUUACAAGCCAGACAUGGUGUCAGAGUACCCUGUGGUGGACGGCAAGCUGUCCAUCGAAUGCUACCUGAGUGCCUUGGACCGCUGCUACUCUGUGUAUCGCAAUAAAAUCCAUGCACAGUGGCAAAGAGAGGGUUCAGACAAGCGCUUCAGCCUGGACGACUUUGGGUUUUUAGUCUUCCACUCUCCCUACUGCAAGCUGGUCCAGAAGUCGUUGGCUCGACUGAUGCUGAAUGACUUUCUGAACCACCCCAGCCCUGACACGGAAACAGGACAUUUUGCAGGACUGGACGCCUUCAGAGAUGUGAAGCCAGAGGAGACGUACUUCGACAGAGAUGUGGAAAAGGCCUUCAUGAAGGCCAGUGCAGAGCUGUUUAAAACGAAGACCAAGCCAUCGUUGCUGAUCUCCAGUCAGAAUGGAAACAUGUACACGCCCUCUGUGUAUGGCUGCCUGGCAUCGCUUAUAGCAGAACACACAGCAUCACAGCUAGCAGGGCAGAGGAUCGGAGUGUUCUCCUACGGUUCAGGGUUUGCUGCAACUCUAUAUUCUCUCAGAGUCACACAGGACCAUACCCCUGGAUCUGGAUUGGACAAACUUGUCUCCAGCCUGAGUGACCUGGGGGUCAGACUGGACUCCAGAACAAAAGUGCCACCAUCAGUCUUUUCUGAAAGUAUGAAGCUGAGAGAGGAGACUCACCACUUAGCCAGCUAUGUCCCUCGGAGCUCAGUGGACGAUCUGUUCCCAGGGACAUGGUACUUGACACGAGUCGAUGACAAACACCGCAGGGAAUACGCCCGCAGACCACUGGACGAUGACCUGCCCUCAGAACCAGAGCUGGUUCGCUCCACUACAGCCUCUGAGCACAUCCUCAGUCCAGUCAAGAAAAUGCCUCGCAUCCCUGCAGUCGCAGCUGGCCCAGAGGCAACCAACAGCAAGUAAGAACAUCCGUCUCCCCUCGAACAGUGGCCGGGCCCAACAGUUUGAAGAACUGGACAACCACACGGUAGAAGAGCCAGACAAGCCAGAGUCAUCCCAAUAUUCUUUCAGCUUGGAUGGAGGUGGGGUGUCCUGCUGGGGACAAAUGGGUAUCCUGCCUUCUAGCUCCCAUCAUGCCCCGCUUUUUAAAAGUACACAUUUGACUUUUUUCUUUGACGAUUUUUUUUCAUUGUUUAGUUUCUUCGAGCAUUUCUGUUUUCAAAGUCCACAUUUGAUUGUAUCUUAGCUCUGCAUUUGUACAGAAUGGAUGGUUGGAUUUGGGAGAACUGAAAAAUCCUGUAUAUCACGCUGCCAAAACUCAGCCCAUAUGAUGAAAUAAAGUCAUUCUUUUUUUUACAGCCAAUUAGUAAAACAAAAGGGCCCAAGUACGAGAUGUUGCCUUGGUAACACAGCAGCAGGUGAUGCAACUCAUCUUUUUCACUGUGUUCUGUGAAUUCAUCACCUUUGUUAACAAUGUGCUGGUUUUUGUUAUUCUGGCCUCCCUUUUGAGACUUUUAGAGCAACGCACCAGGACCCUUUCUCUCUGCAAGAGGCAGAAAUCAUGCUCCUGUUGGUGGCUUUUCUCUGAACUCAUGUUGACUGAUGUAGCCAUGAAACCUUAAGACCCUGGGAUGUCUUGUUAGCUUGACCUAACAUGGCCACCAGAUGAAAAUUUUCCAAAAACAGCAUGGGGAGCAUCAGAUGGAUCAGUUAAAGAAUGUACAUUACAUGGCUUCAGAAUCUCAAAGGAUUUCGGAUAGUUCUUGAAACCUGAUAUAUCUUUUUAAUUGGAUAUUAUAGUUAUCAUUUUAAGCCAAUAUUUUUUCCACAAAGUCUUACCAUAAUGUUCAAAAGAGUGAAAACAUUGCGAGGCAAGCUCUGCAGUACAGCACUACUGUGCUGAGGUUAAAGUAAUAACAGUAUGUGGCGAUCCAACUGACCCAACUUUAAGUUAGAUUUGGGUAUGCUGGAUGGACCCUAGGUUCUUAUUUAUGGUUCUGUUAAGUAAAGCUGCUAAUAUUCCUGUGGUGGACCAGUUAUACAACAGCACACAGGCACAUUAACAUGUUAAAAGUUUAGUCUUCGUAUUUGUUUCAUGUAAAAACUGCUUGAUGCCAAUCAAAAGCUUCCUCAGCCGUCUGACUGCUCAGGUUGUUGCACUCAUUUUCCAGGCAGUUCUCAGUGCCACAAAAACCUAAGAUUGUUCCCUCUACUGGACCAGAAGAAAUCAUAUCACAGCACUGCUUUACAUUUCAGCUUGGCCACACUUUUAGUCAAUUGACUAAAUGCUAAACAAAGGACCAUUGGUUGGUGAUGCACAGGUACAUAAACCAAGGAGAACUGGACAGUUGGUGCGUUGUCUAAAUGUCUGUCAGAUGCUGCAGCUGGCAAAACAAAUGAAAGUGGAAACAGCCUUGAAACAGCGGCGCAGUAGGUGGUUGCUCCGGCUCAGGGCAGCUGGAAUCCUUGAUGUUGAAUUGACUUCCCUUUAGAGAAGCCUUACAUUAAGCACCUGUGAUGUGCAAACUGUACAUAUUAUAAAGAUUUUCAUUCAAUAAUGUACAGAUCUAUUCUUUUAAACUGUAAAGCCUACUGGUUUUAGAGCUGUACCAGCUUCAGUGUCAUUUAGAACACACCAUUAUGUACAUGGCAUGCCUGGCUCCGAGGUCACAGGAUCUUUCCCAGUGUUGUUGUUGUACAGCACAAAUUCUAAUUAUUUAUGUCAUGUAGAUAUGAAUGUAUCAGUGUUCGAUCAGGUUCACUAAAUCAAAGAUUUGUGUAAACAUGUAGAGUGUGAAUAAAUGAAAGUGGAACAUG